AUGGGUCGUGAUAUCAACGAAUUCCAGCUGAUACCAGAAAUGAUAAAACCUCCUGAGAUAGAAAAAGAAGCUAAAGAUGUUCAUUUCGAAAUACCAACUGUUAGACAUAGUGGGUUCAUAGCUUUAGCUACAGCAAGCUCAGGUGUUGCAGCUUCACUCUUUCCCGGAGGCCGAACUGCUCACUCACGCUUCAAAAUACUUAUUGACAUUGAAGAAAAUUUUAGUUGUAAUAUAAGCAAACAAAGUUCAUUAGCUUCUUUGAUUCGAGAUGCUAGAUUAAUUGUAUGGGAUGAAAUCUCAAUGGCAAAAAAGAAAAUGGUUGAGGCUUUAGAUUUACUUUUAAAAGAUUUAAUGGAGACCAAUAUACUAUUUGGUGGAAAAGUUGUUGUUUUCAGCGGUGAUUUUAGACAAACUUUUCCCGUUGUACGUAGUGGAAAAAAAGAAGAUUUUAUUCAUGAGAGUUUAUUAUGCUCUGAUAUUUGGAAUCAACUUGAAAAAUUGCAAUUGACAGAAAAUAUGCGUGCAAAAACAGAUCUUGCUUUCUGCGAAUACUUAAUGCGAAUUGGUAAUGACAGUGAAAAGAAAAAUACACAAGGAAAAAUUACCAUUCCUCAUUCUUUAAUUAUUCCAUUUACUUUCGAACAAGAAUCCCUGCAACUUCUAUUUAGAGUUACUUAUCCCAAUUUACAUGUUCAUCAUUCGGAUGCUUCAUUUAUUACUUCUCGCGCUGUUUUAACUACAAAAAAUGACUUUGUUGAUGAAAUUAAUAAUAUGCUAAUAACACAAUACCCAACCCCUUCGAAAAUUUACUUGGCUAUUGAUGAAACAAUUGAUCCAAAAGAUCAAAGCGAAUAUGAAGAUUUCAUGCACAGUUUAAAUCCUGCAAAUUAG